UGACUCUCUCUCUCGCUACCAAUUUUGUUUAUAUAUAUUUGCAACUUCGUUUUUCAAUUUGAUUAUCCCUCUAAGCCCUCACUUAAUAUCCUUCAAGAGUACUCAACUUUGAGUCUUCUUGGUUUCUUGGAAUUAAGUUUGGUUAUCAAGAAAAUGAAGGAAACCGUGGGAAAUCCUCUGCACUUGAAGUCGGUCAAUCAUAUCUCGAUUUGCUGUCGAUCGGUUGAGAAAUCUCUUGAUUUCUACGUCAAUGUUCUUGGCUUUGACCCUAUCAAGAGGCCUGGUUCUUUUGAUUUUGAUGGAGCUUGGUUAUUCAAUUAUGGUGUCGGCAUACAUCUUAUACAACCCGAAUGCCCUGAAAAUAUGCCCAAGAUUACCCAGAUCAAUCCCAAGGACAACCACAUCUCUUUCCAAUGUGAGAGCAUGGGAACAGUGGAGAAGAAGCUGAAGGAGAUGGAGAUAGAGUACGUGAGGGGUAGGGUGGAGGAAGGCGGGAUCAUGGUGGAUCAGAUAUUCUUCCAUGAUCCAGAUGGCUUCAUGAUUGAAAUCUGCAACUGCGAUGUCUUGCCGGUGGUACCACUAGGAGGAGGAGACCCCAUCCGAGCAUGCUCACUCGUCACUUGUACCAUGCAGCAGCAGCAACAGAACAUCAAACAAACAGCCGUAUAGAUCCAUCCAUGAUGAAGAUCAGAGGGCAUACACUUUACUGAUUGCAUGCAUGAAGAAGAAUGUAUACCAAUUAAUGGCGGCUCAGUACUUAUUAAUUUCUAUCUAUAUAUAUAUAUAUAUAUGUAUUCAUUGUUUCAUUUGUUAUGAUUCUUAUGCUUCAAGAGCUGAAUGAGAUUAAAUAAAGAGAGGGCAAUUUAAUUAA